CCCCUCCCCUUCCUCUCAUCUCCCGCUCCCUCUCCCUCCUCUCUUUCCCUUCUCUCUCCCACCUCUGUCUGUCUGUUGACUCUCUCUCUCUCCCUCCUCUCUCCCAUACAAUAUAUUUUACAGUAUGUUUUACUCAUCAGUUAUGGACAAGACUGUAUGUAUAUCACAUCUAAAAUGUAAAAAUAAAUAAAAAACAAACAUCUUCCUCAACAUUUCGGAAUGGGUAAACAGGCAAUGUUAUCUCAGCCAUUGACUAAAACAGUUAUUUCUUCAGGAAAUUAUUUUUUAGUAGAACCAUAUUUAAAGACAGCAGAGACUAGUGUGGACUUUGAAUGUCCCAACUGGCCCCAACUGGCUGGCAUUUAUGACAGGCAUGUGUUUUUCUGUUUCCAUCACUUCACUAGCACAUAAACAAAUAAAAUGAUCGGAGGAUGACAUACUUAUCUGCACUAUGCAAGGCCAAUAAGUUCAUCACUGACAUGUACCUACACAACAGAAUGUACAGGGCAAGUCGACUCAAAGGUGUAGACCUACCAGUGACAGUAUAAAACUUCGAAACAAUCAGUGUAGGGGGUUGGGUUAUUUAAGGCGGUUCUACACAGCAUUUUCACCAAUCACUGGUCAGAUUGACUGAGCGACUGUCAUCGGUCCAGCUGAGGGUAAGAGAGAGAGAGUACGGUGGAACGGGAAUAGAAGUUUGAGCAGACUAAGGAAACUUUGACGGCAGACCCGACAUUAUCCAACUUGUGAAUUAUUUGUAGGCUAAAGCCUGUGUAUUGUACCUUUUGUUAAUCGGUGAAUAAAUAGGCUGUACAAUCCUUGGCAGUGUUCUGAGACUGUACAGCUGCCAACUGCUUCUGAAGGACAACUUGUUUAUGAAAUGGACUGUGCGUAAAGAGCAUUACAUUUUCUCAAUUUGACUUUCAAUAAGUUUCACUGUGUGCGUCUUAUGUUGCUUUAAAAUUGUUGAGAAAGUGGACUGAGUCGGACUUUCGGGGAAAUUCCAAUUGUUACUAAACUUUGCAAAAGAAAACAUGACUGCCGAUAAGGACAAGAAAAGGAACAGUUCGGAGCGGCGUAAGGAGAGGUCUCGUGACGCGGCACGCUGUCGUCGUAGUAAGGAGACGGAGGUGUUUUACGAGCUGGCCAAUCAGCUGCCCCUCCCAGACAGCGUCAGCUCCCACCUGGACAAAGCUUCCAUCAUGAGACUGGCCAUCAGCUUCCUGCGCACCCGCAAGGUCAUCGGUUCAGGCUGCCCCAACAGUGCAGAGGCAGAGGAGGACAGACAGAUGGACUGUAUGUAUUUGAAGUCACUGGAGGGGUUCGUCACUGUGGUUACAUCGGAUGGCGACAUGAUCUUCCUCUCAGAAAACGUCAACAAGUUAAUGGGCUUAACACAGGUGGAGUUGACCGGACAAAGCAUCUUUGACUUCACCCACCCCUGCGACCACGACGAGAUUCGCGAGAACCUCAAUCUGAAAACCGGUCCUGGGACAAAGGGGAAAGCCUUCAGCACUGAGAGAGACUUCUUCAUGAGGAUGAAGUGCACAGUGACAAACCGUGGACGCACUGUCAACCUGAAAUCAGCCAGCUGGAAGGUUCUGCACUGCACGGGCCACCUCAAGGUGUACAACAGCUGCGCCCCUCUCGGGCUGUGUGGGUUCAAGGAGCCUCCUCUCACCUGCCUGCUGAUGAUGUGUGAGCCCAUCCCCCACCCCUCCAACAUUGACACACCCCUGGACAGCAAGACCUUCCUGAGCCGUCACAGCAUGGACAUGAAGUUCACCUACUGUGACGACAGAGUCACUGAGCUGAUGGGCUACAGUCCUGAAGACCUGCUGGGCUGCUCUGUCUAUGAGUUGUACCACGCCCUCGAUUCUGACAGUGUCACCAAGAGCCACCAGAACCUGUGCAGUAAAGGCCAGGCCGUGAGUGGACAGUAUCGUAUGCUGGCCAAACAUGGAGGCUACGUGUGGGUGGAGACCCAGGGCACAGUCAUCUACAACAGCCGGAAUUCCCAGCCGCAGUGCAUUGUCUGUGUCAACUAUGUCCUCAGUGACGUGGAGAACAAGUCCAUGAUCUUCUCCAUGGACCAGACUGAGUCCCUGUUCAAGCCACACAACAUGAACAGCUUCUUCAGUCAGAGUGGUGCUGCGGUGGCCACGGAGCCCAUGGAGAUCCUGUUCACCAAACUGAAAGAGGACCCAGAGGACCUUGCUCAACUGGCCCCCACACCUGGAGACGCCAUCAUCACCCUCGACUUUGGAAGGCCACCAUUUGAGGAGCCUCAUCCUCCUUUAUACCCCAAGAUGUCUCCCAUUCCCACCCCGGCCCCUCAGAGCUGGGGUAGUGAUCCCCACAAACCCUGCCCAUCAGGAGACAUGUCCAAACAAAUGGCUGCCACUUUCUCAGUACCCCAGAACCCUACACCGGGCAGCGCCACCCCCAGCACUGCCCCCCCUAGCCUGAGCAGUUAUUCCACGCCCAGCAGCCCAGGGGAUUACUACAAUGAGAGAGAGAGUGACCUGAAGGUAGAGCUGACUGAGAAGCUCUUUGCUCUCGACACAGAGGGGCCCAAGAGCCCUGGGAGCACCCAGUCGGCCCUGAGUGAUAUGGACCUGGAGACCCUGGCACCCUACAUCCCCAUGGACGGAGAGGACUUCCAGCUCCAUCCCAUCAUUCCUGAGGAGGUGCCUGGAGGCCCAGAGGGCCACCUCACCACACAGAAUAGCUUCAGCAACAUCGCCAGCCUCUUCCAAAACCUGAGAUCCCCACAGUCUGACCACUACCAGCCCGCCAAGUGUGCCCCAGGAGACAAGAGAGGCCCCAACCACAGCCAAAUGAGCCCCAUGGACUCCAGGCCUACUCUGCCAUACACAGGCUCCACACAGAUCCCCCCCUACCACGCCCCAGCCAGCACACCUCUGUCCUCUAUGGGUGGACAUCAGAACCUGCAGUGGCCCCCAGAUCCUCCGUUAAACUCUCUACUACAGGUGAACUCCAUGGGUAGAAGCCACUCAUGUCAGAACAUGCCAGUCAACAUGAUGCACAAGCAGAGGUCAAUGGAGAACUUUGUCCAGGCCUACAGAGACAUGAGUCCCACCAGAAUCGCCAUAGCCAACAACGUCAAGCGCUCCUUCACACAAAUGGCAGUGGGUGACACCACCCUCAGUACUCCUUCAAAGAUGACGAGGAAUGAAAGCUAUGCCAUCAUGGACAGAUCUCUCAGCACCAGCUCAUUGGAAGUUAAAGGUAUGUGCAUACCUGGGGGUGUUGACAAUUGUCUCAUUCCCCUUCAGCUGCACAGGAAGUCCUGGUAUCCAGGAUGUGUAAAUGGUACAUCCAGAAAAUCCUUCCCCAAACAGUGUUGCAACUACAAAGAAUACCGUAUGCUGCCCUCCUCCAAAACAGAGGGGGCUGCCAGUCGGCUGUUGGGCCCAUCCAUUGAGACCUAUUGUCUGCCAGAGCUCACCCGCUACGACUGUGAGGUCAACGUCCCUCUCCAGGGCAACCUACACCUGCUGCAGGGCAGCGACCUGCUGAGAGCCCUGGACCAGGCCACCUAGACCCAGCCCUACACCCCCUAUUCCCCUACCCUACCCUGGACCAGGCCACCUACACCCAGCCCUACACCCCAAACUCCCCUACCCUACCCUGGACCAGGACUCCUAGACCCAGCCCUACACCCCCUACUCCCCUACCCUACCCUGGACCAGGCCACCUAGACCCAGCCCUACACCCCCUACUCCCCUACCCUACCCUGGACCAGGCCUCCUAGACCCAGCCCUACACCCACUAUUCCCCUACCCUACCCUGGACCAGGCCACCUAGACCCAGCCCUACACCCCCUACUCCACUACCCUACCCUGGACCAGGCCACCUAGACCCAGCCCUACACCCCCUACUCCCCUAUCCUACCCUUGACCAGGCCACCUAGACCCAGCCCUACACCCCCCUACUCCACGCUACCUAGACCCAGCCCUACACCCCCCUACUCCACGCUACCUAGA